AUGUUCGCCCAUGACAUGUCAGAUAAAUUCAGUCAACUGUACUGCUUUCUUGACCAAAAACAGAAUCCAGAAUCCGUGGAGGAGUCAAAACGCGCAUUAGAGGAUCACCGAUCAGUUCGUUUGAAGGUAAUGCAAGCUCCCGUACCAGCUCUUGAAGCGGAGUCUGAUCGUCUAACGGCAUGGUUGCGUUAUGGCAUUUCUGCAGCUGCCUCCGCCUCCGCAUCGGGCGGUGCAGCUGCGGCUGUUUCAACCACAUCAACCGGUCUUCCUAGUAGCAUUGGUAAUUCAGCUAGCAGCUCUGGGGCUUCUUACGUGCCCUCUUCUUGGGUAUCCAUGAAUCCCGACUUCCAACAGUUAAUCCCGCAAGUGCGUCAGACCGUAACUCAGUUGUACGAGUUUCGUGCGCACCUACAGCAGAAGUGGGAAACUGGAAGGACGCGUUUGGAGCAAAUCUACCAAUUUCGCUUGUUUGAGGACGACGCCAGUCGCAUGACUGCAUGGCUGGAACAGCAAAGCGUGCUUCUCCUCACCGAACACGCCGAAAUAGGCGAGACUGCGUCGCAGGCUGUCGAGUUGCACAAUCAGCACAGACAAUUCCUGCAGAAGUGCAGUGGAGUGCGAGAGCAGGUGUCACGACUUACGGGAAUCGCUCGUAUGCUGGCUGACACCGGGCACUUUGCCGGUCAACAGAUGCUUAAGCAGGUAAGACUGUCUUCGGUCUCCAUUGGAGUUGAUUGCUUUAAUUAG